AUGUAGAGGAGUUGGAUCGCGUACCAAAAGUUUGUCUCGUUGAUUUUCAAGACAGAACCGUACGAACUUCCACCGCGGCAACAUCAGCUGUUCAAAGCGGCAUAACUUGGAUUUAUUUUUUUUAUCAAUACCUCAACGAAGCGAAAAUGGUUUACGAAAGCGAUUUCUAUACGACCCGACGACCCUACACCCGCCCUAUUUCUUCUCACUACACCAUCACGGCACUGAAUCAUCUGCCCCACACAAUUCCAUAUGUUGGACACAAGAGGCUCGUCCAUGUGAUUCAUACACCUUAUCCAGUUAUUCAUUACACUCGACAAGUGCCAGUACCGAUUAGGAUUUACUCACGAGUACGACCGAGUGUAAUUGCUGCUGAACUCCAGAGGAUAAGGGACUUGCCUAGACCCUCCAGCGUCUCAUAUGUCUCGAGGUACCUCAACUCCAGGGACAACAUCCUGUUCGAUGAUGAAGCGAGAGAAAUUCGCGCCAGGGCGGAUUCACUUCUGCGUAAAAUUCACGUCUUCGUACCGAGACCGUUAUCCAGUGAUUUCGCAGAAGUAAUCGUGCCAGAACGAAUGCGCAGUGAUGACUACAUCAGACGUCUUCUCCAAGGGCGGAACAGUGCAAAAAAAGAGGACGAGUCCCCGAAUUGGUAUGACACACCAGCUCAUAGGGAAUUUGGAAGCGGUCAUCUGGCUGCUGUCAGCUACACCGGGGGCAAACCCCAUUCCAGGAGGAGACCCUAUUACAAAGUUGCGGAUUUGCGAGCGGCCGAUGUCCAAAGUGAUGUCAAUCUGCUGAGUUAUUACGCGAAAAAUCGACAGGCAGCUGCCAGUGCCUACCCCGAUCCUCCGCUCACCGAAAGGGAGCUCAGAAAGGCCCGAGCACUGGCCGAAGAGUUCAUCGCAUCAGCAGCACCAAGAGCGUCACCAGAUCCAGAGCCGGUGUGCAAACCAAAUUUGGGAAAAGCCUAUCAGCUACAAGAGGUCAAACAAUCAGUCGUGAAGAAAGAACAAGAAGAAAUCCAGGAAGAGAAGCCAGAAGUUAAAGAGAAGAAAGUGCGAUCUGCUAGACGGAAAUCUGCUAAAGCAGAAAAAAUUGUGGAACCAGAGCCAGAACCGGUGGAGGAAGCAUCAGCUACUCCAGAACCUCAACCGGAACCUGUUGAGGAAGUAGUUGCCAUCCCAGAACCAGAACCUCUGCAAGAGGAAGUGAACGUUGUAAAUUCAGAACCAGAACCAAUUCCAGUUCAACCAGAACUACAACCAGAAUCAGAAAUAAUUCCAGUUGAAUCAGAACCAGAACCAGAACCCCUUCCAGCCGAAUCAGAAUCAGAACCAGUUCCAGCUGAAUCAGAACCAGAACCAGUUCCAGCUCAAUCAGAAUCAGAACCAGUUCCAGCUGAAUCAGAACCAGAACCCCUUCCAGCUGAAUCAGAACCAGAACCCCUUCCAGCUGAAUCAGAACCAGAACCAGUUCCAACAGAAUUAGAACCAGAGCAGCAAGUUCUAGCUGAAACUGAACCAGAGCCUCAGGUCGCUGAACCUGAAGCAGAACCACAAGUAGAAGAACCAUCAGAAGUUAGAACCCACACCCCUGAAGUGUUCCCUGAAGAAUCAGUCGAACCAGAAGUGCAACAGCUUGAAGAACCUGUAGUUAUAGAGUCUGACGAAUCCCCUCGAGUCCAGGAGGAAGCAGAGAUCCCUGAACCUCAAACAGAUGUACCUGAAGAAAUUCAAAGACCAAAAGAAGCAGAAACUCCAGCUGAUCUGGAGGCUGGGGAGGAAGAAAGGGAAGGGGCUGUUGAUGCUCCACAGAUGCCGGAUUUGGAGGGUGAUCCAGCUGAGGAUGUUGAAGAUGUUGAGGAAGUGGAGGUCGAUGAUUACUGGGGAAGUGCCGAGGACAAACAGGAAACCGACGAUGAGGUGCUCCAACGAAAGCUCGACGAGGAAGAAUUGAGAAGGCAAGUGGAGGAGCUUAAAAGGCAAGCUGAAGAAGAAAAAAGGAGGCAAGCCGAACAGGCCAGAUUGGCUGAGGAAAGGUGGAAAGCGGAAAUUGAAGAGCGCGAGAGAUUGGAGAGAGAAGCGCGUGCUGCACGUCUCCGGGAAAUUGAAGAGCAGGAGAAAGCGGAGGCAGAGAGAAUUGCUGAAGAGGAGAGACUAGAAGCCGAGAGGACACGCGAUGCUAGAAUUGCUGAGGAGCAAAGACGUGCUGCGGAACUCGAGGAGAUCAUCGCCAGGGAAGAGGAGGAGCGUUACGCCAUUGAAAGGGCAUCCGAAGAGGCGCGCAAGAGACAGGAUAUUGAGGAAAAACUUGCGGAAAUCGCACUAUCAGCACCUGAUGAUUCAGCGGCUCAUCGCUCCUCAUCAACGGACUGUCAUUGCCAUGACAACACCAAGUCCCAGGAUCAUGAGGAGAGACCUGACAGUCCUGACGCCGAUGAUGACACACAUGUUGAAGAAGAAACAAAUUGUCUGUCGACGGAUCACGAUGACUUGAGCGAUUGUCAUCCGUAUGAUGGGGAACACGAGGGCUUCAAUAGUGUUCCAGUCCUGGAAGUACCUGUCGACCACACCCCUAAGAUCGAAGAAAUCACAGAUGAUGAGGAUGCGUAAUAAAGUCAACACCAGUCUCUCUUUUCUAUUUUAGCUGAAUCGUUCAUCGAUUUAUGCCAUCAAUUUCAGAAGAUCAGAGACAGAGACAGAGGCAGAUCAGCACUCGGGAGAUGCAUCAAAGUGAAUACUUUAAAUAUUCAACUCUACAAAUUCGUAUCUGAAUAUUCCUUUCAAUUAAAUUAGUUUGAAACCCGGGAAAUAGAGAAUGCACUAGAGAGUCAGCACAACGACCCAAAAUAUCUCUGGAUCUAGCGGAGAUAGCCCAUUUUUUGUUAUAAUCUUUUUUGUAGGUCUUAAUCAAUUCUGUGAAAAAGGUAAUAACCAUGAUUAUGCUAUCGGGCUUGAGUUCUGAGAUAUUCAUCAAAAACUCACCAGUGAAAAUUUAAAUUUGAGCUUUUUUUUCCUGAAAUCCAAAAAUUUGAAAAUUGUCUAGUGUUCAUUUUUGAUUAACUGUUUCCAAAUCAUUCGUUUGCAUAAUAGUGUGGAACAACAAUUACAAGUCGAUUUAUUAUUUAUGUAAUUUUUUAUUACACAGACUACUGAUUAAUCGAGGCCUUCGAUUUUUUUCAGUUGAAGUUACGAAUUUUUUCUAACAGAUUGUAUAAAAUAAUACGAUAGGACAAUUAUUGUUUAGAUAAUUAAGGGAUUAAUCUACGUUUGUAUUGCGUUAUCAAUAUUCACGGUUAUUUAUUCAUAUUUUUUAAUGUAGGCGGUCUUGAUUAAUAAAGGAUUAAUUCAGAUGA